CGAAAUCGCGCUGGGAAGAAGAGGAAGAAGCUCGAGCCCAGGAACUGGCGACUGGAUCGGGAGCUGCGGGAGAUGCCAUGGCCCCCACAGAAUUGGGCCGGGCCGCUAUCAUCAUGCUCCGAUGGCGCCUCUGUUUUGUGCAGCUCAGGGACGCAGUCGGACUCUACGAGAGUGUUGGACUGGGCGAGUGGCCGAGCGCGAGAUGGGAGCCAGAGCUGCUCGAAGCGGUCGCUAGUACUUGGCCAUGAGCUACGGUGGCGAACAUGAAUGUGGAAAUGCCGGCGUAUGAUGAUUGAAGGCGGACGGGCAGCGAGAUUGCAUCCUCCGAGGCGAGGGGAGGAGGCUUUGCCAUGAAUGGCGUGGCGGAGCAAUGGUGCCCAGCAGCCACUCGUGCAUCUCCGGGCUCCUUUUGUUCUACACAUUCGUGGAGAAGGAGGUGGAGGCAGCACGGGCCGCAGUCUGCAGCAGCAGCAGCAAAAGCAGCGGGGAUCGAGUUUAAACGACGGCCUUCAUUGUCGUCGAAUCACCAGCUGCAGGUUUUCGAUGGUUCAAGCCGUCGUGCUAGAUUCCAAAAAUUCGACGAUCACAACUGCUGUGGGCAGUCUGUUAAUUUAGGGCGUGCCUUCGUUUGUGGAAGUCACAGAAGGUCCACCAAGAGCAGCAGCAAGGAGGAGGCUGUUUACACGGAAUCUUGUAGAAAUUGUCACCAAAGGCCCAGCAGCAUUGUCAGUGCUCCGAUGGCUAGCGCCUCCAUCCCAUUUUUUCCUCCUUGUACUUCUCCUCCGACGUCUGAAUUUGGGGGAGAUUUGCCGCAAAGCCUGACAUUGGGAGCAGGGCGGAUGUCAAAGCCAGGUGAAAACUCUUACCGGGUGGAUAACGUCCGGUCCCAGGAAGCGUUGGAAGAUUCGAUUUGGAAGAGGGAAAAUUCGGAGAGUGUGCUGCUGCUGCGUGAAUUGCAGGUCAGGAUAACACGGAAUUCGCAGAGCCAUGGCGGCGCAGGUUGCAAUGUACAUAAAAGCUUCGGAGAUGAAGAGAGAAAGCCGGGGGAUGAUGCCUUCAGUCAUGCGCUGGGACGAGGAGCUGCUGGUGGAAAUUCAGAACUUGGUUUGCACUUCGUAGUAGCCAAGAGCUGGGUUGGAUGUCCUUCCUCUUGUGUUCCAGUCACUACGAUGAUGAUUUCUCCUGCAGGCACUCUGGGUCGCAAAAACCCUCUGGGUUUUAGCCACUUUCUCAUGUCGAGGAAGGGUUCUGACGUUGCUGGCUCGCGAUCUCACCGACGGGCAUUAUGUGUCUCAGCAACUGCGGAGAGUGCUUCAGAAAUCUCACUGGAAAGUGAGGAGAGUCAAGAUUCUCCUCCUUCUGAUGCACUCGAUUCCGGGAGUGUUCCUAAGAUAAGAAAACCGAAAUCCAUGCGAAAUAUUCAAGCAGCUGACGAUAUUCAAGUAUUGAACGGCAGGCGAUCUGGAACAGAUCCCUGGUUCUCCAAAUCUCAUGAGCACACAGGAAGUUCCAAAAAGUUUCGAGAGAGUAUUAUGCAAAAAUCCAUUCAGCGGUUGAAAUCGGAAGUUGACAAGAGCAACAAGGAUCUAGAGCAGUCUAGCACACGGCCUUCGUUUUCCGACAAGAACGUGCGAGCUCCGGUCUGGGCAGUCGGGGGAAAAUCGAGGACUGUGGUUCCUCGGAGGCAAGCGCGAGACACACAAAGUUCACAUCCGCAAACAGCAACUGUGUACUCAAUUUUGCAAGCAUUGGAUAAAAUAUCAAACUCGAAAGGAAUUGCAAGCUUGAUGGAGCAGUACACUGGAGAACUGAGUACGCAGGACUUGAAACAAGUUUUAACCGAGCUCGGAACAUCACCUGAAAGGAACUGGGCGAAGGCCUUGCAAGUGUUUGAUUGGGCACAUGCCUCCAGUGUGUAUAGUGUGGAUCCUAGCAUGUACCACACCAUGCUCCUUCUUCUGGGCAAAGCGAAGAAGAUGGAGAUUGCCGAACUGCUUUUCGAUCGAAUGAAGCAGGACGGAUUGACUCCUGGGCUGUACGAGUACACAGCUUUAGUUUCCGGUCACGUAAGAACUGGAAGCUUGCAGAGAGGGAUUGCCGUCCUCAAUCGAAUGAAAUCAGCCGGUAUUCGCCCUUCGGUCGCUACAUAUAACAUCUUGGUGGAUGGAUGUUUGAAGGUUCCCAAAGGAUUUGAAAUUGCCAGUUCCUUGCUGGAGCAAAUGAGAAAAGAUGACCUUCGUCCUGACAGAGUGACUUAUACUACUAUGAUCAUCGUGUACAGCCGGAAGGGUCACCACAAGGAGGCGAUCAAUAUCUUUCGGGAAAUGCUAGAACAGGAUUGUCAUCCCGAUAUUCUCACCUACAAUGCUGUUUUGAAUGCCCACGGCAAACUUGGAGAUAUACAGGGCAUGCUACACGUCCAUCAGUCAAUGGUUGCUCAACAGGUGGAUCCAGAUACUGUCACAUUUAACAUAAUACUCAGUGCCCUGGCCCGUGCUGGCCGAACAAAAGACGUCGUUCGCUUUUAUCGACUCAUGCGAAAGAUACGUGUAACACCAGACGUGACCACCUGUUCCAUCCUCGUCAAUGCAUAUGGGAAAGUUCGUGAGUGGAAGGAACUGGACUCCCUUCUUGCUGAAAUGGAAAGUCUAGGACUCCAACCGGAUUUAGCAGUUUACAAUUCUCUGAUUAGUAUCUAUGGGAAAGCAGGUCGUUUUGAGCAAGUGGACCUCUUAACCAAGUCACUUCACAGCUCCAACAAUAUUAAAUUUGAUCUGAUUACCUACAACACACUCAUUGACGUGUUUGGGAAGGCUGGCCGUCUGAGUGAUGUGAUCAAGUGGUUCUCAGACAUGAGGAAGCGAGGAGUAAAACCGGAUGUUAGAACUUUCAAUGCCUUAGUCCACGCCUACGGCCGAGCUUCGCAGUACGACGGGGUCCGGGAGGUACUGGACCUUUUUCUCGCCGAUGGAAGUAAACCAGAUUUGGUAUUCUAUCAUACCCUUCUGUUCAUGUUCGGAAAGGGUGCAAAGUACGACGAUGCAUGGCGAGUGAUCGAAGAUAUGAAGGCUGAAGGUUACACUCUGAGCCUUGAGAUAUAUAAUUCUCUCCUCCUCGUGUUUGGCAGGAGUGACGCAGACGAGGCAAUGAAAGUUUUCAAGGACAUGAUUGCUUCGAAAGUAACUCCGAACUCUAACACUUUCAAGGUUCUCAUUGAGGUACAUGCAAGAAAAGGAAAAGUGGACGAAUGCCUAAGUAUAUACAAGACGUCCAUGGAAUACCUUCCUGAGCAGGUGAAUGAAAGCGUCCUGAGCUCGUUACUCGGAGCUUGCUGUAACAUGAGACGAAUUGAAAAAGCGGAGGAAAUAUUAUCACAGCUAGAGAAAAAGCGAUUCAGCGUAUCACUAGCCUGCUUCAACUGGCUUAUUUUAGGUUAUGGGAGACAAGGAGAUUGGGCCAACGCGGAGAUAGUACUGGAUAGAAUGCGUUCGCAGCGUGUCACACCCAACUCGCAGUCCUACACAUUCCUGCUGGAAGCUUACAGCCUCUGUGGCCUUUUUGAGAAAGCAGACUCUCUGAGCCGCAGGAUGCAGCAAGAGGACAAUCUGAACAGUAUAUCUGCGUGCAAUGCUUUGCUGCGAUUGUAUGUCCGCUCUGGAAAACCUCAAGCCGCCCUUGAGGUUUUUGAAAAUCUCCUCACUGGUAAAAUCGGACGGCCCAAUCAAAGCUCCUAUACGGGGAUAAUUUCUGCUUAUGGCGAAGAUGAUUUAGUCAAUGAGAAGAUUUGGGAGUAUUUACGAGGUUUAGAAGCCUCACAGCUGGAAUCUAUGCAUGGCAUCUACACCGCAUUGCUGAGUGCUAUACCCAGGUGCAAAUCCUACAAAGAAGGCCAACAGUUUGUUGCAGCUCUGGGUAGACUAGAUUGUCCAAGUGAACUCUGUUGUAUCUUGACGGAUACUUUGAGCGAUGGUGUAGGAGAAGAGGUGGUGUGGGUCAAUCUAGCUGCUAGGUUUAGAACUAUAGAUCAGAACGGAUUCAAUCUCGAGACUCAAAGGAGUUUUCAAAACGCGCUCAUCGAUGCUCUUUGGUGGUUCGGGUGGGAACUGAGGGCUCUGCGAGUGGUAAAGAUGAGCAUGGACUUCGGAAUCUUCGGGAGAAGAGUUUUUAGUUGGCUUAAGUCAUCGGGCUGGACUGUAGACAUGCGAGGUGCAUCUGCUGGAGCGGCCCAAAUUUUACUCCUGAUAUGGAUCGCCCAAAUGCGGAAGGUAGUAUUGAAUGGAGGAAAGCCCUCUACACGCGUUAAAAUACUCGUUGCGGAGGAGUGGCAGCUCAUUGUGGGCGAGAACAAAGCUGCACGAGAAGCUCUUGAUGCUCACCUUGAGGAUUUAGGGGCCCCUUUUCCUGCGAUUGCAGGGCAGACCGAGGUGGAAGCAUCUGGGACUGCAAUAGAUGUUUGGUUGAAACAAGAGCACCUGGACAAGAAGCUCUUUUUUGUCGACUCUCUACCUGCCAACCAACGCUAGAUUUGCAGGUUUUGCUUCGGGGGCAAUCUCGGGUGUGAAGUACGAAGAAUUUUGUUUUGAGUCUUUCAAGUCAACUCAUUUAGAAAUUCAGGUCUUAGCACACUUCGCCCUUGCGCAGGCGACUUUUGUAACAGUAUACACAAGGUUCUCAUUCAUAGCAUUUGUAUAUACAUCACAUCAUAGCAUUGUAAAUGCUGAGUAUCCGUAAACAUAUUUCGUCUCUUUACCUCACAAUUAUUACGUCUUCUCAUGCGGGUGGGUCCCCUACUGACAUCAGGAGUUUAUUACCUUCACUACAAAUUUUGCAAUUUGAUGUCGAGAUUGGCAGUAGGAUUGUCACGAAUCACAGGAACAAUGUAUGUUGCUCGAGAAUUUCGAAGAUGGACAAGUUUGCUAUCAGGGUAUCAUUUGUUGAAAACAACGCCCUUGAGCAUGAUAUGCAGUAAUGUAUCUCUUUUCCAAAUUGCUCUUUAUGUGAAGGCGCUGAUGACGCUCUAGACCGAUAAAUCGAAGUGCACCUUAUUUUUUUCUCUCUAAAUGCCCUGCGCUAGGUUUGACCUGCCUUGAGUGCGGUGUGACUACCGUCAUUGUUGCUGUCAAGAAUGUUUUUUCAUGCUCAGGCCC